ACUGGUGACUGAAGGGGCGUCUUACAGCAGGUGGGAACUCCGCUGACAGUGUCACAUUCAACCGCUGUCAACUUGACUCGGUGCAACGAGACGCAGGGAAUAGAAAAUCAUCGUUUUCAUCAAGAAAGUAAAGAUAAACUCCCAACAAGGAUUCAGGAUCAAGAUGGAAUCUUGGAGAGUCAUAAGGUGACCGAUUUGGAGCCUGGAGCUGUUUCGAGAUCAAGAGACAAUCACCAUUAAUAUCAUAUUCAUUAACAUAUGCUUACAUCUACAUUAGUUCAAUACAAUAGAGACAUAAACACAAAGACCUAAUGAGCAAAUCGAUUACAGACUAAAGCUGGUAGCAAGUUUAUUGAAAGAAAUUCCAUUAAUUUUAAAUAAAAUACUAUGAACUGAGAGUCAACUCUCUCAGUACAAGGGGAAGGAUCCUGCCCCUCAUCAUUCUUUUUUUUUUACCAAAUGAUUUUAGUUUUCAUUAAAUCACGCAUGGAAAGAAAAACAGGUCAACUUGUCUAGUAGACAUGACUGACAAUAUGAGUUCCAGAGUUGACACUCCAACCAACAUUUCCUUGAGUCCCAGCAAUGUCAUUUCCCAGUCCCUGGAGUAUAAAAUGGUGUCAAUAUUCUUAGUCCUGCUUGUGUGUGGUGUUGGCAUUGUGGGAAAUAUAAUGGUGGUCCUUGUUGUCAUGACCACCCGACUUAUGAGGACACCCACAAAUUGUUACCUUGUGAGCCUGGCCAUAGCUGACCUGACUGUACUAGUCGCGGCGGGACUUCCUAACAUCUCGGAGAGUCUCACGGGCACCUGGGUUUUUGGACACGCUGGCUGUUUGGGAAUCACCUACCUGCAGUACUUGGGCAUCAAUGUGUCAUCCUGCUCCAUCACUGCCUUUACUGUGGAAAGGUACAUUGCUAUCUGCCAUCCAAUGAAGGCUCAGACUGUUUGCACAGUGUCAAGGGCCAAGAGGAUUAUUGGAGGGGUUUGGAUCUUCACCUGUAUUUACUGCAUACUAUGGUUUUUCCUUGUGGAUAUUCAGGUGAGCCUGGAUGGACACGUUCAGUGUGGCUACAAGGUCAAGCGGGAUCUCUAUCUGCCCAUCUACCUCAUCGACUUUGCUAUUUUCUAUGUUCUCCCAUUGCUUCUCGCUAUUGUUCUCUAUGGAUUGAUCGCACGGAUUCUCUACCUUGGACCCCUUCCAAACCAACCUGAAAUCAUUGCACCCACAUUGCGCCAAAGCUGCCGGGAAGUCACAGAAACAGGGAAAAGAGGUUGCCUACGCUGUCCGAAGAGUGCACUGUCCCCGAGGAAGCAGGUAACAAAGAUGUUAGCUGUAGUGGUGAUCCUAUUUGCUCUGCUGUGGAUGCCCUAUCGAACAUUAGUCUUGAUCAACUCUUUUGUGUCCACACCCUAUCUGGACUCCUGGUUCCUAUUAUUUUGUCGGACAUGCAUCUAUGCCAACAGUGCGAUCAACCCUGUGAUAUACAAUGCCAUGUCUCAGAGGUUUCGCUUAGCAUUUCGUGGCUUGUGCAACUGCAAGCAGCAAGGAGGAAAGCGGAGGACAUUGUCAGCCAUUCCUCCCUCUUUCAAUACCAGCCGUGAUCCACAAACUAAUAUCAGUGGACCCAGCGAAGAACCCAAAAGAGCUGUUCUAAAUACUGCUUCAGAAUUAAACAGAAAUCAUGACGGAAACAGUCAUCAAGUGACAAAGUUUAUUAAUGGCGACAAAGCAGGCUGUGUUAUCAAGGAAGCAGCUUAUUGUUUAGAUGUCAGUUACAUUGAGAUGUCCCUGCUAAGUGAUGUGAAAGGGACCCCAUCAAACGAUAACCCAUUUCAUGUUCCUGACACAUAAAAAAAAUCUCAGCCGCAUGCUACAUUAAGAUAUUGACAUAUUGAUUUGAAAUACCCUUCUCUUGAUUGAUAUAUUGUGAAAAAAAUCCCAAUGACAAGAAAUGUUUAAGUGUUGAGUUUUGAAGGAGAUUCCCCUUGCACAGUCCCACAUGAAGAGAUGAAAGAUGAUCAAAGUCAAAGUGGCAUGGAAAAUGUCUUUAAAUAUAAACUGAACUGGCAAUCUUUUUUUUCUUAUUGCUUAACAAACUAUGGUAACCCAAAACACAGCAUACUUCGGAGAAGUGAUGUGCAGUGAGUUUCAAUGCUGGUGAGGAACAGUCAGUCAGAUUUUCAAAUUUACAAGGCAAACAGUGUAGCGUAUUUGCCUUUGGACUGAGAUUAAAAACUGGUUGAUUGGUAUUUUCUGACCUGAUGUUUGAACCAUAUCUUUAAUUAGAUCUGGAGUAUGUCUUCCUUUAUUAGUUGGAUCCCAUUUUUAUUAAUUAUGUAGUUUUGUUUAAGUUCAGAUAUACAUCUUCCGUGCAAUACAUCUUCUGUGCAAAAUUUCAGAAUGAACGGAAUAUAGCUAGCUAGAUUGCUGCGUACAGUAUAAAAAACAUAGCAGUAACGUGAACUUGAAUGCCCUCUUUAGUUUGGCAUAGUCCUGUCUGCCUCACUCUGCACUUUUGUAUUAAUUUUAUUUCUUGGGUUUCAAAACACACAACCAUUAAAUGCACCAGCCUGAGUGCUUUUGUUCAGGAUUAGUUCUCCAAAGGAAGGAGUUUAAAAUGAAUUCUCUUUGUUGAAGAAAAAAAAAGCUACACAUUUUCAACACGAGCCAAAUAUGAAAUCAGUAUACAACACCAGCCCCAUUUCUCUCUUUUCUUUUAAUUCUCAACAAUCUUUUAGGGAUUAUUCUCUUCUGUGAGAGUUACAUUGCGCGGUUUGAAGCAGUCAGAAUCUGAUAUAUCAAGGAUGCAACUCGUUGAACCAAAUGAAUCUGUUGGAUGUCAGGUUUUUCUCAACUGUUAGCAGAGUACUGGCAUGAGCUUGCAGUUGUUGGCCAUAAUGCUGAGAGAAAAGCACAUACUGUACAGUGCCUUGUGAAAGUAUUCGGCCCCUUUGAACUUUUCAAUUGCAAUUACAGCUGCAAGUUGCUUGGGGUAUGUCUCUAUCAGUUUUGCACACCAAGAGACUGAAAUUCUUCCCCAUUCUUCCAUGCAAAACAGCUUGAGCUCAGUGAGGUUGGGUGGAAAGCAUUUGUGAUCAGCUCUGCCCACAGAUUCUCGAUUGGAUUCAGGUCUGGACUUUGACUUGGCCAUUCUAACACCUGGAUACCUUCAUUUGUGAACCAUUCCGUUGUAGAUUUGGCUUUAUGUUUUGGAUCAUUGUCUUGUUGGAAGAUAAAUCUCCGUCCCAGUCUCAGGUCUUUUGCAGACUCCAACAGGUUUUCUUGCAGAAUGGUCCUGUAUUUGGCUUUAUUCAUCUUCCCAUCACUUUGAACCAUCUUCCCCGGCGCAAACCAUGACGCUGCCACCACCAUGUUUGACAGUGGGGAUGGUGUGUUCAAGGUGAUGAGCUGUGUUGCUUUUACGCCAAACAUAUCAUUUUGCAUUGUGGCCAAACAGUUCGAUUUUGCUUUCAUCUGACCAGAUCACCUUCUUCCACAUGGUAGGUGUGUCUCCCAGGUGGCUUGUGGCAAACUUUAAACAAGUCAUUGUAUGGGUAUCUUUUAGAAAUGGCUUUCUUCUUGCCACUCUUCCAUAAAGGCCAGAUUUGUGCAGUGUACGACUGAUUGUUGUCCUUUGGACAGACCCACCUCAGCUGGAGAUCUCUGCAUUUCAUUCAGAGUGAUCAUGGGCCUCUUGGCUGCAUCUCUGAUCAGUCUUCUCCUUGUUCGAUUAAAAGUUUAAAGGGACGGCCGGGUCUUGGUAGAUUUGAAGUGGACUGAUACUCCUUCCAUUUCAAUAUGAUUGCUUGCACAGUUCUCCAUAAGGUGUUUAAAGCUUGGGAAAUCUUUUUGUAUCCAAAUCCAACUUUAAACUUCUCCACAACAGUAUCGCAGACCUGCCUGGUGUAUUCCUUGGUCUUCAUGUUGCUCUCUGCACUUUAAACAGAACCCUGAGACUAUCACAUAGCAGGUGCAUUUAUACGGAGACUUAAUUACACACAGGUGGAUUCUAUUUAUCAUCAUCAGUCAACAUUGGAUCAUUCAGAGAUCCUCACUGAACUUCUGGAGUGAGUUUGCUGCACUGAACGUAAAAUAAUAUUGCAUGCCCCACUUUUCAGUUUUUUAUUUGUUAAAAAAGUAUAAAAUAUCCCAUAAAUUUUGUUCCACUUCAUGAUAAUGCCCCACUUUGUUGAUUCUUGACAAAAAAAAGAAAAUUUUAUAUCUUUAUGUUUGAAGCCUGAAGUGUGGCGAAAGGUUGAAAAGUUCAAGGGGGCCGAAUACUUUCACAAGGCACUGUACAUACCAGUUGAAUGCAGAGCAUUGUGUUCUCCGACACCAUUUAAAAUAUAGUUAAGCUAGUGUGACUCGGGGGAGGGACAAUGAGGGACAAUCACAGUGUACUAUACAUUACCUGGAACCAAGCCGUUUGUCAAACCUUUAAAGGGGAACUAAUGUAAAAACUUUCUGAUUGAUUAGAUGUGUGGAUCUUUAUCAGCUGCUGUUCAAUUAAAUCUGAUGUUUCCACUAUUGCAAGAUUGGGAAUUUCCAACAAUGUGCCAAUUCCUGCUCACUUUAUUGACUAAAAAACAUACAGUCAGUAAUUAUUCUCCAACGACCCAUGUAUUUUAUCCCUUUGCAUGUACAUAAACUGCAAAUAACUGUGAUCAUAAACAUCAUCAACAACACUACACAUGACGGGAAGUCAGAGUAAUGAGUCAAAUUUAAUUGAACUUACUAAUUAUUACAUUUUAUGUCCCCAGAAUUGCAGUGGUUUCUGUUUAAAUACUUGUUUGAAGGUUUAAGCAAGUAUUCAUGCUAAUACUGAUUGAAAACAGACAUGAAUCUACACCCAGUCAGUCAAAUUUAGUAUUUGAUCCAAUGUUAGUAAUAUUUAAAUCCUAACUUUGUGAGGUUGCUGUUCUUUUCCAUUGGCCGUCACAUUUUUAUUUUAUUGUGACCUGUCCUAUUUGGCUGCUAGGUCAAGCAAAAUGGAAACCCUGUAUCCCUUUUGAGCCAGAAAGAUUUUACUGUGCAAUAGACGAUUGCAGAUUUAUUUAUUUUUUUAAUACUGCCACACUGGUUCUUUGUAUUAUGAUGGCUAUUUAUUGAAAAUUGCAGUCAGAGAGAAUGAGGUCUUAAAGUGGAGGGACAGGAAAGAAAAGGGAGAGGACACAGAGGAAAUAAACAAACAAAACAAAAAGACAGUACGCUAGCUUUAAGAAUGUAAACCAAACAAAGGAAUACAGACAUACAACAGUGUUACAUUGGAUUCAAGAUUUGGACAGGACAGCCUGUGAAAAAAGAACAGGAAAUGUAGGACAGGAAAGGAGGGGAAGAGACCAGGACAAGUGUAGAAGACCAGGCUGUGUAACUGGAGUGUGCUGCGAGUGGCUGUGUACUUUAACAUCUGAACAGAUGUGAGAGGACAUCACAAGUGUCACAAAAGUUAUUUUGGCAAUGAGGGAGUUGACCCACACAAGGCACCUAAGUCCCAGGGGUGUGUGUCUGUGAUAACAUGCAAGUGAAUUGACACCACCUUUCAUGCACAAUAAACGAUAGAGGUGCCCUGGAAUUGCUGUGUCAGCUUAUUAGGGACCGAAGACCCUCCCCCACCCAGCUGAUAAGGGAGGGCAGGCCCAGCGGCCCACCUGAGAAUGGCUUGCUUGAAAAUACCACCCACAUGAAAGGAUACGGGGCGGUCCACCUGUCCCACCGAAGCAUUGUUACAUUCAGUUAAUAUGUUCGGACUGCCUUGUAAACACAGCCCCUUCUAGUGUAAAUCUUUCUGAGUUGAUAAUUUGUAUGUUUUGAAGUUAUGAGUCUCAGACUAUUUCCAGAUAUUUCUGUAUAGAGGGAAAAAUGUAAAGUAUGAGUUUAAUCAAAAUUAUCACUGGAUUUAAUUGUAUAAUGCUUUGAAUUAAAUGUCAUACCUGAUGACAUUUUGUGUGAUGCAAAUAUGUAUUGUGUAUUUUUUUAUUGACAUUUUAAAAGUCUGGAUUUCACAAGGUGAAGCGUUUAUUAACUGUGAUAAUCAGCCCUGGAAAGCUGCUUUCUUUGUAUACCAUGUUCAAUGCGUUGUAAUCAUCUAUAUUUGAAUAGUUUAUUUUAAAUUGACUUUAUU